UCGUCCAUAAACAAACGUGUGGCGAGCUGUGGCCGAGUUUGAUAUAGUGAAAGUUAUCAUUACUAGCAUAUAGACUAAAGUCACAUUUUUAAGCCUUUCAUAGUAAAAUGUCAAGUUAAAAAAAUGCACCAUCGACUUUUCCAUAGACUUAUUCCUAUACACAGAAACCCCUCAGCAUACUUAGCAGCAGCUUCAAGUUCAAACAGCACAUCUAGUUUACCAAACAAAACACCAUUUAAACCCAAAACAGCAGUGGUUUUGUCUAAAGUGACAAGAUACGAAUUUGAAAAACGUAUUUUCCCAGACUUUACAGAACAGCAAUUGAAAGACCAUUUAGAAAGUAAGAGAUCUGAUUAUGAUGGAUUGUUAGAAAGACACAAUCGUCAUUACAGUUGUGUGGACUUGGUAGAGAGAGAAUUAAGAAAUAAUGGUAUUGAAGCUAAAGUAGUACAGAGGUUUGACCUAGAUAAUGAUUUGAUUGGUUGGGCAGAUGUUAUUUUCACUGCUGGAGGUGAUGGGACAUUUCUGUUAGCAGCUGACAAAGUUAGAGGUCAAGAUAAACCGGUGAUAGGAUUAAAUACUGACCCAAAUAGAUCAGCUGGAUGUUUGUGUUUACCCAAAGAUAAGUACUCAGCAGGUCAAUUUGAUGCUGCAAUCAAACGUCUUUUGGAUGGAGAUUUCAGAUGGUUGAAACGACAAAGAAUUAGAAUUACAAUUUCAGGUCAUAGUGAAAAAUUGUUUCCUACUGAAUUAAAGGAAGAACAAUUGCUUUAUCAUGAACAUAGAUUUUUAGAACACAUGAAUGAAAAAUUAGAAUGCUCAAAACCUAUAGAUAGCGAUGAAAAUGGAAAUAUUGAGGUGUUACCUAUUGUGGCACUUAAUGAAGUGUUUAUUGGAGAAGCACAUUCAUCUAGGGUUUCUUAUUAUGAAAUGAAGGUUGAUGAUGAGCCACAUAUGAAAGAGAAGAGCUCUGGUAUAACAAUCUGUACUGGGACAGGUUCUACUUCCUGGCAUUGCCAUAUAAAUCAAUUGUCUACAGAUGCAGUAGAAAGCAUACUCAGCAUAUCUAAUAGUCUUUCUAGUUGUAAAGUUCCCGUUGAAGAUACAGCAUUAAUCAGAGAAGUAACAAAGAAAUUCAAUGAAUCACUGGUGUUUGACCCAAGUGAACCACGAAUGGCUUACACAAUCAGGGAUCCUAUUAGGAAUGAUGUAUUCAGUGUUCCAUGUGUCAAAGGGGUUGCGAAAAGAAUACAGAUCCGUUCCAGAAUGUGGGAUGCUCAUCUGGUUAUAGAUGGUGGAUUUUCUUACAAGUUUAAUGAUGGAGCUAUUGCUACAUUAGAAAUUCAUGACGAAGACGCCUUAAAAAGUGUUGAAUUUGAUUAGUUUCCUGUUUUGUUUUGAAUAUUUUUGUAUGUUAUGUGCUGAAAAAGCACAGGAAUCAAAUUUACUCCAAUAUGCAGGCAAAUUCCUAGUCCAAUUUUGUUAAAUUUAUUACUUUUGUUAGUCUUAAUGACCAGUACAGUUUGCUAGUUAUUUAAAUAUUCAUUGUAUACAUUAUUAAACCAGCAUAAAAAUAAAAAGACAACCAAAUUCAAAAUAUAACAAGUCAUUUUAGAAGUCUUUCUUGUGGCAAAAAUAAUAAGAACAAAUGAUGUCAAAUAUUUCAUCAGUCGUUUUUACACUUUUUUGCUUUACAACUCAGAAUGGGAUCAAAGUUGACAAAAAGAUAAUAUUGUCAAUUGAAUCUUGUAAGUGUUUUGUAUAUUAUGGAAUAAAUCUUUUUUUUUGGUCAGAAAAUUAUGUUUCUUUUGCUAGCUGGAUAUUGUAUUUUAGCCAAGUUUUGUUUAUGGUAUUUAAAGUUAAGUUGUAGACCACCUGGAUCUUCAUUUUGUAUCAAAAGAUAAGUGCCAAAGAUAUUGUUACUAGUCCGUCAGUAUUAUGUUAUCUUUUAGAUCUGUUUUGAUUUUCCUUGAUUUAAUAAUUAAUUUUAAUCUGAUAAAAAUGUUAUAUUAAGAUUCCAAAGUGAUUUUAUUGUUUGAUAGGGCAACAGUCACUUUGUUUUUAUAUAAAAAAGUGAAGUUUUGUGUUAAUAUUGAAUGUUCCUAAUUUUCAUAGAUUGUUUUGUGAAAUUUUGUAAGUAGAUCGAAAAAGUAGGGUACGAACAAGAUACAACAAUUCAAAAAAUACAAAUAACAGUUUAACUACUGAAUGUUUUCUUAUUUGUUUUUGUUUAUUUUGGCUUGAAGAUCUUGAAUACCAGGCUUGCAAGCAAAACAUAGAUUCCACUGACUAAAUUUUUCUCUGCAUUUUUGUAGUGAAAUGUGUGAUUGAUAACCAUUUGGGUCUCAUGGUUCAUUUAGACUUGAGAUUCCUGAACAAUACCUUCAAUUUAACAUCAUAUUUAAUAUAAGUACUCAAUACUUAUGGACUUUGCCAAUGUGUUUUAUGUGGAACGGUAUACAAUGUGUGUUUGGAUAUUUAUCAUUAGAUUUUUUACAACCUUUCAUAAAAAUCAACUUUGGAGUCCAUGUUAAUUCUUUUGAUAUGGUUUAAACAGAUAUUAUAUAUCAUCACUAUUUUGUGCAUUUUUCCUUUGAUCUUUUUUUGUGAUAAUUUUUCAUAUCAUGCCUCUCGCUUGAGAUGGAAAAUUAUUGCUAGAAACUAAGCAGGAAUUUGGCGUUACCAAGGAAAUUGACAUGAAAUUGACAAUGUCUCCAUAGGUAAAAUAGCGAUAAACAGAUGAUCAUUGGUCAUCUCAACUCGAUUACCUUUCUGGCUUUUGCGUCCAAUGAUAAUCUAUAAAUAUAUUAUACAUGUGAUAACAAAAAAAGAGUUUGGAUUUUGCUAGAUUGAGGGAUACAGUGUGAAUAAUCAAUUAACUGUUAUUUCUACCACAAUUUUGUUGGAAGUUAUUAUUAUGAUUUAGGGAAUAUCAUUGUUAA